AGACGCUGUUUCUGUAUGUCUACGCACGCACUACCCACGAGAAAGGUACGCCUGAGUACCAAAAGUGGUACAAUGAGCAAGUGCACCUGGAAAUGGACGUGGGCCUUGAAUCGGUCCUUAUUACCGGCGGGCAGGACGAUUCUGUGCAGGGGUCAGCCAGCCAAGAUGAAGGGGUCAACUCACUACUGACACCCGUGUCCAUACUGAGUGAAAUGUACACAGACCCAACCGACGCCAAUGGCGACAGCACACACACAGACGCGGACACUACCACAGUUACCUCCACAGACACGGACACAGACACAGACACAACCCCGCUAAGUACGUCCAACCGGACGAACACGGGCCAGAACAGCAAUAGCUCAUGCUCAUGGCGAGUGAUACCGUUAGAUUCGGGGGAUGUGGUGUUUCUGGUCCAAUCUUCUCUGCGACGCUUAAGUCCCAUAGAAGGCGGGUCAGCCAGUCAGGGCAGAAAAGCAAACGAUGACUCAUGCUCUGCCCCAGCAUCCCCCGCACCACUCCUGCGAGCACAGAUACCCAAGAACAAGCGGCCCCUUUCUACGGUAAAAGCGGGCAAUCCGCACCCCAACGGAAUGAAUGGGGCCAAUUCUGCCCUAAAUAGUCCCGCCAUGACACCCUUGGGUACGCCCAAGCGUUUGAGUCGGUCGCAAGCAAUCCUUCCAG